UCCGAGCCACCGUCUACCCCGGUGCUAAUCUGGCAAUUAGUUUCUUGUUAUUUCUGACCUACAUGCCGUGGAUCCCUAAAUUUUACAUGCCGGAGAAGACUAUAUUUCAAGGGUUAAGAUUUUAAAUCGUGCUACCACCUAGUUACCACAAGUUACCGGACAAAUAAAUACUUAUUAAUUACAAACACCAACCAAAGGGUCCAUCUUUCACGUGUAAAACAAUAUUUAGUAUUGAGUUUUCACAAGUGGCGGCUCAGUGGAAAGAAACUGAUACCGGUAAAGCACCUAGAAAACCAUAACCUCUGAAGGCAGACGCUUUGCGGUUGGUUUCAACAUUUAACCGCAACAAGAUGCCAGCGUGGAAGAAGCAGGUCGCCGACACGAUACAUACACGAGACCCGAACCACCCCCUCACUUCCGCAGUGUAACGGCGCAGCGGAUACACAUCAGCGCUGGGAGGCGGGACUUCCGCCCUGCGCGACGCAUUAAACGGAAGCCGGGAGGCCAUAUUUUGCGUGUGUUUACGGCCCCCUGGAGGAGACAGGGGUUGCUUGAGGGGCGUCUUUUGGCUGUUUAUCUCGCCUGAGCUGUUCCCUCACACUGGUCGUCUGUUAGGAGUGCAGAAGUUUGGGCCAAAGCGCUGGACGAGACGAGGACCUGCUCCUCUGUGCCUCCGACUUUCUCUGGGCCCGUCUUUCUUCCGCGAGGCCGUGUCAGGUUCUGGGAAGUGCGGUUUUCGCCGGGGCCGGUUUUCCCUGGAAAGCUGUGCGCUCCUGCUUGUUUUCCGUCUUCUCCGGGUGGGAGCUGGGAGAGCUCUUCUCGGGGUCCGGGGCGGUGGUGCAGCCCCUUGUGGAAGACUUGGAGUGAAAGGUCUCCCGCGUUCCCGCCCUCGAGACGCGCUCCGAGGGCACACCUCGCUCAUGGGAGUCCAGGGGCUCUGGAAGCUGCUGGAGUGCUCCGGGCGGCAGGUCAACCCGGAGACGCUGGAGGGGAAGGUCCUUGCCGUGGAUAUUAGCAUUUGGUUAAACCAAGCACUUAAAGGAGUACGGGAUCGCCAUGGGAACUCAAUAGAAAAUGCUCAUCUUCUUACUUUGUUCCAUCGGCUCUGCAAACUCUUAUUUUUUCGAAUUCGUCCUAUUUUUGUGUUUGAUGGGGAUGCGCCACUAUUGAAGAAACAGACUCUGGCUAAAAGAAGGCAGAGAAAGGACUUGGCAACCAGUGACUCCCAAAAAACUACCGAGAAGCUUUUGAAAACAUUUUUGAAAAGACAAGUUAUCAAAAGUGCCUUAAAAAGCAAAAGGGAGGAAGCACUUCCCAGUCUUACUCAAGUUCAAAGAGAAGAUGACAUCUAUGUUUUGCCACCUUUACAAGAGGCAGAGAAAGAUAGUUCAGAAGAGGAGGAUGAAAAAGAAUGGCAAGAGAGAAUGAAUCAGAAACAAGCACUACAGGAGGAGUUCUUUCAGAAUCCUCAUGCAGUAGAUAUUGAGUCUGAAGACUUUAGCAGCCUGCCCCCUGAAAUAAAGCAUGAAAUCUUGACAGAUAUGAAAGAAUUUACCAAGCGAAGAAGAACAUUAUUUGAAGCAAUGCCAGAGGAGUCCAAUGACUUUUCACAGUACCAGCUCAAAGGCUUGCUUAAAAAAAACUAUCUAAACCAACACAUAGAAAAUGUCCAAAAGGAAAUGAACCAACAACAUUCAGGACAAAUCCAAAGGCAAUAUGAAGAUGAAGGAGGCUUUUUGAAGGAGGUAGAGUCAAGGAGGGUGGUCUCUGAAGAUACUUCACAUUACAUCUUGAUUAAAGGUAUUCAAGCUAAGAAAGUUGCAGAAGUGGAUUCAGAGUCUCUUCCUUCCUGCAGUGAAAUGCACAGCAGGUCUUCUGACAUGAAGUCUUCUCUGUGUGAAAAGCUGGAGCCAAAGAAAGAGGCUGACGCCUCCCCACCUUCCCCGAGAACCUUACUGGCCGUGCAGGCGGCCCUGCUGGGCGGCAGCUCAGAAGAUGAGCUAGAGAGUGAGACCUGCAGGCCGCACCAUGUGAGGCGCGCGCCCGCCACCGCACACGCGGGUUCUGUGUCACCGCUGACUCUCUUGGCCAUUCAGAGAGCUCUCGAUGACGAUGAUGAAGACGUGGAAGUGUGUGCCAGGAGUGACGUGCGGACAGGAGGGGCAGGCGCGAGAAAACCAAAACCGCUCCAGAGCAGUUCUGAUGAGGAGACAGAGGAAGGACCUAAAAUGAGAGAUGGGGAAGGAGUGCCGUUGGCAGCAGUGUCUCACGCAGCCAGUGUGAACCUCGCAGAGGAGCCCGUAACCAGCGCUGAUGCGGGAAAAGAGCGGACAGAACCGGCUCACUUACCGAGGACUGUCUUUUGUCAAGGCAGUGACUCUGGCCUUCCAGAAGAGCGGACGUCGUUUAUUUCCCUGGUGAAGGAAGCCUUUCAGACAAGUGGUGAGAUUGCAGUUAAGGGUGGAGAAGAUCCAGUUCCUUUGGAAAACACUGUGGUGCUACCCAGGGAUGCACCUGGGCUCCAGAGCGGACCAGAGCGGACUCCAACACCUCCGACAAGUCCAAGUUCCGUAUCAAGGAGUGGAACGUAUACCAAAGUGCUUGAGCUACAGCGAGGUCUUCUUCCACCUGAGAGUAAAUCUGACACCUCUGUUCUUUCAAGUGAUGAUGAAACAGACUCUGAAAAAAACCCUGCUCCUGAAGGCACCGUCAGUUUGCAAGAGUCGAGUGAUACGCUAAGUCACCCUUUAGAGACAAUAAGUGACUUACGACAUGUGGCAUCUGUUAAUGCCAAAGAGCAUGAGAAUUUCUUGAAAACCACCCAAGAACAUGAGACCAUUGAAUCUGCAGGCCAGGGUUUAAUUUCAGUCCCAGCGUCUGUGGAACCAACGGAAAUAGACUCUGAAGAAAGUGAGUCUGACGGAAGUUUCAUUGAAGUGCAGAGUAUAAAUAGCAGUGAUGAACUUCAAGCUGAGUUACACGAAGCUUCCAGACCUCCCUCUGGACAAGGUGAAGAGGAACCAGUAGGAACGGAGACGCAAGAAGCCACAGGUGACUUCCAGGGCCUCCCGAGAGACGACUCUGAGAGGGAGGCCGUGGGCAUUGAGCCGCCUGAAGAAACUGCAAAAGAUGCAGAUGAUUUGCUCAACGAAUGGCAAGAUGUUGACCUGGAGGAGCUGGAGACGCUAGAGAGCAACCUUUUAACGCAGCAGAAGUCACUGAAAGCUCAAAAGCAGCAGCAAGAACGGGUCGCUGCUACUGUGACAGGACAGAUGUUCCAGGAAAGCCAGGAACUUCUUCGCCUGUUCGGCAUCCCCUACAUUGAGGCUCCCAUGGAAGCAGAAGCUCAGUGCGCCAUCCUGGAUCUGACUGAUCAAACUUCCGGAACGAUCACUGACGACAGUGACAUUUGGCUGUUCGGAGCACGGCAUGUCUAUAAAAACUUUUUUAAUAAAAACAAGUUUGUAGAAUAUUACCAGUAUGUGGACUUUCACAACCAAUUAGGAUUGGACCGGAACAAAUUAAUAAAUUUGGCCUAUUUGCUUGGAAGUGAUUAUACGGAAGGAAUACCAACUGUAGGUUGUGUUACAGCCAUGGAAAUUCUCAAUGAAUUCCCUGGACAUGGUCUGGAACCUCUUCUAAGAUUCUCGCUAAGUGAAAAUGGUGUCUAACUUUUCGAUUUGGUGUCCUGGUUAUUGGUGAGAGUAAUUUUUUUUUCAUGUUUGUUGACAGUUUGCCAUGCUGGUCUAGUGAAUGCCUGUUUAUGCCGUUUUUCUUCUCUCAACAGUUUUUGCUCAUUUGUGGCUGUUUGAAUGGUUCCGUUUUUAGUCAGCUCUAGCAGUUUCUGCCUUGGUCUUUUAGCUCGCUCAUGGCAGAUAGGAGCUGCCCCUGCCUGGCUGGCUCUGCAGGGUUAGGACGGGUGCAGUUAAAGGGCGUGGGGACAGUGGAAGAGCAGUAAGACUGAGAGUGUCUGCCCCUUGCUUUCUUCUCUGCUUUCCCUUUUCCUAACCAGACCCUGGCCGGCCAGUCCCCCUUGAAAGGAGAGCUGCUCUGAGUCUGCAGGCUGAGUUCAGCCCAGCUGUGUUUGCUUUGGCCUGCACAGUAUGUUCUUUCAUUUUGAGUGGGCUACCAACAUUUAAAUUGGGGGAGAUUUCACAGAAAAUUUUGGAUUUUCCAGAGUGGGGAAUGAGAUCUGAAAAUACUGAGCCCAAAUUCCCGAAUAGCCCAGAAACAGAGAACAGCAAUUCCACUCCACUGGCUUGGUCAGGACACAGACCCUUCAAUUUUAUCACCAUCGCUGCUGCGGCGUCCUGUGUCCCCCGAGCCCAGCUGAUUGGCAGAUGCCCUCUUUCAGCUUCAGGUGCCGCCCUCCUGCUUGAAGGCGGGGUGGCCCUUUUGGUUUGAUGAGCCUACAGUGUGUUGUGCUGCUCUUCCUAGCUGGCAGUCAUGAGUGCUAUUUCAAGGGUGAAAAUCCUCAAGAGAGUAGGAGAGAAUUACAGAUAUUCACCCAGCACCCUCUUGAACAGUAUUUUAAAACUGAUGAAGAUGGAUCUUUUCCUCCUUUUUGCAUUUUGAUUCUGCACGAAGACUGAAGUUAGAACACUAGAUGGCACUGCUGCCUUGGUGAGGUGCAGCACUGGUGGGGACCAAGCCUGGGAGUCAGUCCUGAGACCAAUGAGUAUGUGAAGCAGCGGAUGGAUGUAGGGUUUUUGAGGUUCCGUUAGUGCGUAGAUGGGAGAGGGUUAUAUUUAUGUUUUGAACUUUUAUGCCAUUUAUUUAUCCUAAUUGUGUAAAUUUUUCUGGUUGUCCGUUGCCACAUUACAAACUACCGUAAACCUCAGUGACUUCAAACAGCAGCAGUCGGAGAUUUUGCUCGUGAAUCCGCAGUUCGAUCAGGCUGCGCGGGGUGGGGAUGCCUCGCCUGGUGCCAGGUGUGUUGGGGGCGUCCCAGCUGGGCUAGAGGGGCCCCGUGAGGUGUCUCGCUCGUGGCCGGCAAGCGGUGCUGUCGGCCGGCACGUGGCCCGGGGGCGCUUGGACCCUCUCCAUCUGGACCUCCUCACGAGCUGGAGCUUCCUCACAGCAUGUUGGCUGCUUGCAAGGCAGAUAUUCUAAGAGACAGGAAGUGGAAACUGCAGUCUUUAAAGGCCUGGCACGAUGUGCCUUCCUCAGCCACGGAGCCUGCCUGACUCAAGGGUAAGGGACAUGGACCCCACUUCUUGUUGCGAGGAGGGUCCAAGAAUGGGCUUUAACCCACCGUAGUGAUUUAUACUCACAA